UUACAUGCACUGGGUGUAGGCUGUACCCGAAACUGCGACGCACGACGCUGAAGUCAGAAAGUAAACACACAAUUGAAAAUGGAAUCAAGAUAGAAACUGAAAGCGCAAUACACGAUGACAACAACGUUUAAACCUUCUUGAAAAUACGGCUUAUUGUGCUUUGUUUCAACUGGGAGUGCAUGAAUUUGUGUGCAAACGUAGGGACAGGUGUGAUGUGAUCGGUGCGGGUUGGCCUACUCUACCAGCGAUGGCAGAAGAUAGGGAGCUGAACACGGCGGGCGCUGCUGCCCCUCCGACGGCGCAGCGUAGCCGUCAGACGUACCGCAGCAAUGCACACUCCCAGAGACUGCUAGGAGGACUCCUUUCGCUGAGGCAAAGUGGAAUCUUGUUCGAUGUAGUGCUUCUGGUUGAAGGUAGACCCGUCCAAGCCCACCGCAUUCUCCUGGCGGCCUCCUGUGACUACUUCAGGGGUAUGUUUGCAGGCGGUCUCAGAGAAAUGCAACAGUCAGAGAUCCCAGUUCAUGGGGUCACCUACACAGCAAUGACCAAGCUGCUGGACUUCAUUUACACUGCAGAGCUGGAGUUGAACCUGGACAAUGUGCAAGAGAUCCUAUGUGCUUCCACGCUUCUGCAGAUUCAGGAUGUGAUUGGCUUUUGCUGCGACUUCCUCUUCUCCUGGCUGGAUGAUGACAACAUCCUAGAAGUGUACAAGCUGGCCGACAUGUACGGGCUGGAGCAGCUGGGCGCCAAGGUGCACUCGUACAUCCUGAAGAACAUCCAGACCUUCUCCCGCACCCCCGUGUACCGCCAGCUCCCGCCAGAGAAGGUCUUCAGCGUCCUGUCGAGCGACGAGCUGGAGGUCAGCUCCGAGAACGAGGUGUACGAGGCGGCGCUGCAUUACCAUUACAGCCCGGAGGAGGUGGAGUCGGACCAGGUGUGCCUGCAGGACCCGCUGAAGAUGCUGGAGGCGGUGCGCUUCUGCCUGAUGGAGCGGCCGGUCCUGCAGCGGCUGCACGACCGUCUGAAGCGCUGCCCGCUGCGCGACUGCGUGGCGGCGGCGCUGCGCUACCACGGGCAGGAGCUGUGGCAGCCCGUGCUCCAGAGCCCGCUCACCCAGCCCCGCUCCUGCUUCCGCUGCCUCCUGGGCUUCGGGGGCAUGUACUCGCCGGGCUCCGUCACCGCCAGCGACGAGUUCCAGGUGUUCCACCCGUCCUGGGGCGAGUGGAGGACCCUGACCGCCGCCCAGGGCCCCCGCAUGUCCAACCAGGGCAUCGCCGUGCUCAACAACUUCGUCUAUCUGAUCGGAGGGGACAAGAACACCAGCGGCUUCCGCGCUGAGACACGCUGCUGGCGUUAUGACCCGCGCCACAACAGCUGGUGCAGCAUCAAGCCGCUGCAGAAGCAGCACGCAGACCACUGCGUGUGCGUGCUGGGCGGCCUCAUCUACGCCAUCGGGGGGCGGGACUACAGCAACGAGCUGGACUGCGUGGAGCGCUACGACCCUCAGACCAACACCUGGGAAUACGUGGCCGCCCUCAAGCGGGAGGUGUACGCCCACACUGGUGCGGUUGUCGACGGGAAGAUCUACAUCACGUGCGGACGGCGCGGGCUCUCGUACCUGAAGGAGACCUACUGCUACGACCCCAUGGCCAACCACUGGGCCCCGUGCGCGGAAGGGCCGGUGGAGCGGGCGUGGCACGGCAUGGCGGCGGUGAACGGGCGCGUGUACGUCAUCGGGGGGAGCAACGACGAGCGCGGGUACCGCCGAGACGUCCUCAAGGUGGCGUGCUACAGCCCGGCGGUGAACCAGUGGAGCGUGCUGAGCCCGCUGCCGGCCGGGCACGGGGAGCCGGGCACGGUGGUGCUGGACAGCCGCAUCUUCAUCCUGGGCGGCCGCUCCCACGACAAGGGCAGCCGCACCAAGUACGUGCACGUGUACGACACCAAGACGGACCGCUGGGACAGCGGCACGCCCUUCGAGGACCGCAUCUCGGGCCUGGCCGCCUGCGUGCUGCUCAUGCCCCGCUCCGUCAUCAGGCAGGCCCGCAGCUGGGAGCAGCACGCCAAGGCCUCCUGGGAGAUGGUGGACUUCGACAACUCCGAGAACUCCAGCGAGGACUGACCGCCACCGCUGGUCUGAGCCCCACCAUCCCCCACCAAGCCCCACCAGCCCCAGCCCCCCACCAACCAGUGAAGGACACAGACACCAGCACUUUUUUUUUGUUUGCCUUUCUUUUGCAUGUAAGGCUGACCUAGCUAAACGCUGCCAGGUUUUAAUUCUAGCUUUUGCGAAGGAAAAGGAAUUCACCCUCUGAAUUGAUACGUGGUCCGUCGGCGAAGCAAAAUGCUAACAUUGAUUACCUGAGUUGUAACAACCUGUGAAUUCAUGUAAUUAGGCACAGUGUAGAAAUAACAGAUCUAUAAUCAGAUAGAGAGUAGAAUACUGCAAUACUACAGUUGUGCCAAAGUAAUUUGUUGCCAUUUUUUUUUUUUUUUUAAACCAGCUGGUCUCUCUUGACAUGAAAAUUAUCAACUGAGGGAACAUUCUUGAUGUUCUUCUAAUUCUUGUAAAAAAAAAUUUUAAAAAGAUUUGCAGUCAUUCUGCCCAUAAUAAUUUUAGAUUGGAAAAAAUCUAUUAAUCUAUGUAAGCCAUUUUAUCAUCAGAUCAGUGUUGAUUCACUUACUGUACUUAACAGGGAUUUGCGUGGAAUGUCUGCAGUUGGCUACAACUGCAGUUAACUAAACAGGCGAUUAAUUGCAUGACGUUAUGUGCUAGAAAUGAAAAUAAUGUUGCAUAUUCUUGAUGUUCUCCUGUAUGUUCAUGCAAUUACCAAGCGACUCAACCGCAGGUGGUGAAGUGGUGGACCAGGCAAUUAUAGGCAAUUGUUUGGAAAAAUAGAGACAUGACAUGCACUUUAAAUUGCUCAAAUUUUGUCUUAUUUCCAGGGUGCCUUAUUUCUUUCUGCCAGUUCAUGUUUCUAAAAUCCUGGACUCCCGAUUUGAAGAACGCCCCUAAGAAAGUGUAUUACAUCCUUUUCAUUACGAUAUAUUCAUAUUGUAACAUUGUUGAGUUUUUUUGGCGCUGUAACUAGGUACUGUAACAUCAGAAGAACACUGUUACAAAAAUGGUCAAGAAAUGAUCACAAGUGACAUAAUCACAUGGAACUUAGUCUGACUGAAAGAGUCUGAAUGUUGUUCAGCAACAGACAGGUUUAUGGAGUAUUGUGUUACUGACAAAGUGUACCAUGAAAUCAGUGUAACCUUGAGUGCCUGACUCGUAAUGAGGUGAGACAUUGUGACACAGCUAUCUCAGUGAAUUUGCGAUGCACACGGGAGGCCGGCAUUGCACCAUGGGAAGGAGGGAGAGGUGUCGCAGCAGAGUAACAGACCAUGUUUAAUUUGAUACACCCCCUCCCCAACCGCUCAUCUACUUCUCACAUGGAGCAUUAGUGCAGUUUCCUCAGGGAAUACAAAUCUGGGUCACUGUGGCCUACUUUUUCCUAGGCCACCCCUCCCACCCAUGUACUUCUUAUCAGCCAGCUAGUUCAACUCGAGAAGACUUAAUCUUCCAGAAUGUUUCUUGUUGCAUUGGCAACUGUUGCUUGGACAAAAUCAGGAAGUCCCUUGUAGGGUUGGUGUUUGUUGUUAAAGAAAUAGGCCUUAUUUUGCCAUCUUGUUUGUUUGUUUCAUUUAUUGGCACCUUCUAAUAUUAAUUUGAUCUUUUACUGGAAUGCAAUGCACUUAAUUCAGUUCUAUGUCAAAUUUUGAUUGCAGUGAGAAUAAAUUGUUUAUGAAUGUUUUGCCAAGAUAGGCUUUUUCUGUCACACACUUAUUGAUGUGAAGAAACGUGUUUGAUUUUAUGGAAUUGUUCAAAUAAUUACUAUUUGCCACUGAAAAGUUGUACCAUUGCAUUUAAGGAGGAAACAUGCCUGAGUGUCACUAUUUGCCACUAAAUUGGUAGGUUGCCUAUUGCCUGGUGUCAAGUCAAGCUUUUAAAUGCAAAAAUCACUGUGCUUCAGGUUUUGUUCAUCAACUUUCUGUCCAUAUUUGUGCAAGUUUUAAAUAAAUGAUUUGUUCACUUCAAAAAUCUAA